AUGAAGAUUUUUGUACAACUUUUGCAGGCAGAGGUAAGUAUUUUGCUUUUAUACAAAGUUAGUUUUAACUACACGUCUAAAAACGAAUAAUUAAAGUUAAGCUUGCUUGUUGAAAUGUAAAUUAAAAUUUUUCGCUACAAUAAAUCCAAAUAAAAAGCAAUUUAGUUGUGGUGUAAAGUCGUGAAGCAUCUGACAAUAGUAGAUGAUACUUGUUCUUUGGCUGUGGUGAACAAAUAUUUCUACAAACUUGUCAAAAUGGAUUUCAAACAGUUAUGUUACCACCAUGUUGUGUAUCGUUUAAAGGGCGAGACUUGGGCGUAUGCGUUUUCGGAGUAUGUUUCUUUUAUAUAUAAGUCAACUAAUUUUUAUAUUAUCGUUAUAUUCAAUGAGAUUAAUUCAUAUCUAUCAAGGAAACUACCCAACCUGCAACUCUCAGAAUUAGCUCAAAAUUUUUAUACGAAUUCUUUGCAUCACCAAUAGCACAUACAAAAAAUCUUAGCUUGCGGUUUUAAGUUUUAAAAUUAAUAUAUUCAAAGUUCCCGCUAAUUUGGCAAAUUUGGCAUUGUGUUGCAAGCACUUUUUUGCUGUUCCAGAUAAGAUAUGCUUAUACACUUAAAACUGCAGGUUCAUUUGGAGCUUUUCUAUCAUUAUAUCAUUCUUUCCCGAAAAGAAUAGUCCAUCUGCACAGUCCCUGGGACAAUCGCGCCCUUUUUAUUCCGCUGCACCGUGCAGAUUCCCCCCCCAUCCCCUCACACAGGUGCACAGUGCAAGCCCCCCCCCCAAUUGUCCCAUUGGUCGGUUGUCGCAGAAACCUGGGACUUGCGACAGUCAAAAGAAACUUGUCGCAAGCCUUCCACUGAACACAGUGGUGGCUUGAUCGUUGCAGGUCGGGUACCUUCCUUGUAAGAGAGAUUUUAAAAGUAAAUCUACCUCAAUUUAGUCUUGGAGUUCGUUCAUAA